AUGGAUACCACAGUGAAUUCAGAGAAAUCUCACCUCAUUAAUGAAAAGAACGCGAAAAUGUAUUCACUGAAACUAAAAAGCCCAUUUUCAGGGUCCAAGGAGGGCUAUCCCAACUUUCCCUUUGAGAAUGGAGAUGCGGCUGGUGCCAUCGAGCUGAAGCGGCCCGUCGGCGCACACUGCCAUGGCAACAAGGCAACGUGUGGCGAAAGCCGUGAGAAGCUGAUAGCCAGGAAGAAGCUAUACAUUGCCUCUUUAGUUUGCCUGGUCUUCAUGAUCGGAGAGGUCAUAGGUGGCUACCUGGCCCACAGCUUGGCCAUCAUGACCGAUGCUGCGCACCUUCUCACCGAUUUUGGCAGCAUGAUGGUCAGUCUCUUUUCCCUGUGGAUCUCCUGUAGACCCCCCACCAAGACCAUGAACUUCGGAUGGCACCGUUCAGAGAUACUGGGAGCCUUGGUGUCAGUGCUGUCCAUCUGGAUCGUGACAGGAGUGCUGGUGUACCUGGCCAUUGAGAGAAUCGUUAAAAAUGACUACGAGAUUGAAGGCCACGUGAUGCUUAUCACCUCUGGCUGUGCAGUUGUGGUCAACAUCAUAAUGGCUUAUAUCCUGCACCAUUCCACCACCUUCCAUGGUCAUGGCUCGGGGUACCAAAAGAUCGACGAGGGAGGGGUGAGCCCGGUUGGCCACGGCCACUCACAUACCCUCUUAGGUAGCCAUGGCAACACCAGCGUGAGGGCGGCCUUCAUCCAUGUGGUGGGGGACCUGUUACAGAGUGUGGGAGUGAUGGUAGCUGCCAUCAUUAUCUACUUCCGGCCGGAAUAUAAAAUAGCCGAUCCAAUUUGUACCUUCCUGUUCUCCAUGUUUGUGCUGGGAACCACACUCACAAUCCUGAGGGAUGUCUUCAGAAUACUCAUGGAAGGGACGCCCAAGGGUGUUGAGUUCAACUCCGUGAAGGAGGUGCUGCUGUCCCUGAAGGCGGUGAAGGCCAUGCACAGCUUGCAUCUCUGGGCUCUGACCCUGGGUCAGUCCCUGCUGUCUGUCCAUGUGGCCAUCGAGGAGAAUGCGGACCCUCAGAGUGUCCUGAGAGAAGCUACCGAGCUGCUCCAGACCAAGUUCGGCUUCUACAGCACCACCAUCCAAGUGGAGCAGUACUCGGAGGACAUGGCUUACUGCUCACUGUGCCAGGACCCAAUGGACUGA